AUGGAGUUACAAGUGAAAAUGUGGAAUAAAGACUUAUUAACUUUCAUUAGGCCCUGGAUACCCAUACUGCUAGGGCUGCACAUGCAGUUCUCCUGGGCCACCUCUUGUCCCGAGGAGUGCCGCUGUGACCGGACUUUUGUUUACUGUAAUGAAAGGGGCCUGACUUCUGUGCCCCUGGGAAUAGGCGAGGGAUAUAAAACCCUCUAUCUUCACAACAACCAAAUCAACAAUGCUGGAUUUCCCAUGGAGCUGCACCAUGUUGCCUCAGUGGAGACAGUUUAUCUCUACGGCAACCAGCUGGAUGAAUUCCCUUUCGAUUUACCCAAAAAUGUGCGGGUGCUCCACCUGCAGGAGAAUAACAUCCAGACUGUGUCUCGGGCAGCGCUUGCUCAACUCCUUUGGUUAGAGGAGCUUUAUCUGGACGAUAACUCCAUCUCUACAGUGGGCGUGGAGGAAGGGGCCUUUCGGGAGGCAAUCAGUCUCAGAAUCCUCUUCCUCACUAAGAACCAUCUGAGCAGCAUCCCCAUUGGGCUGCCCGUAGAACUGAAAGAAUUGCGACUGGAUGAGAACCGUAUUGCCCUGAUAACUGAGGAUGCCUUCCAGAACGUGACAGGAUUAGAGCGCCUCCUUCUGGACGGGAACCUCCUCACCGAUGAAGGUAUUGCUCCUGGAGCGUUUAAGGAUUUGACGAAUCUAAAAACGUUGUCACUGGCUCGUAACUCCUUAAUGGUCCCGCCGCCUAAUCUCCCCACUGACUUUUUAGUCAAGCUCAACUUGCAGGAUAAUCAGAUGAAUGAGAUCCCUGUGACAGCCUUCUCUGGCCUCCACAGGCUCGAGAGACUGGAUAUUUCAAACAACCAGCUGCAGUCUCUGACACAGGGGGUCUUUGAUGGCCUCCUCAGCCUGAGACAGCUCACUGUUCGGAACAACCUUUGGCACUGUGACUGCAGCAUUAAAUGGGUCAUACUGUGGUUAAAGUCCCUGCCAGCUACCCUCAAUGUCCGCGGGUUCAUGUGCCAGAAGCCUGAGAGGGUACGUGGUAUGGUAAUCAGAGAGCUCAACCUGGAUCUCAUCCAAUGCCCCAGCAGCACAGUCACAGUGCCACGAUUCACACACCUGCCCACACACCCCUCUAGUUCCACCGCUGACUCAGCCACUGAGACAGCCUUCUUCGUACCCCCACGCUCCACUUCUACACCUACUGCUCCACCUUCGCAACUACCCAUACCAAAUGGAGACAGAGGAGGAGAACAGAGAACGGCCAUGCCAGAGAAAGUGCCACUGCAUGUCUCCUUUAUUGUGCUGAACAGCUCCUGCAUUCAGGUAAGCUGGACAUCCGCCUUCACUGUCACUACAUACAAGGUGACAUGGGUAAAGAUGGGUCACAGCUUGGUAGAUGAUCCUGUGCAAGAAGCCAUGAUUGAGGGGGAACUCCAGGGAAUCAGGCUGGCUAACCUGGAAGCUAAAUCCACCUAUCGCAUCUGUGUUGGUCCAUUUGACACGUUCAAUAAUUAUCAUCCAGGAGAUGACACAAUUUGUUCAGAGGUGAUGACCAAACCUUCCUCCUUUGACUCCGAUGAUAAUGCCACUGAACCCGAGCAGGCCACACAACAGGAUCCCAGUUCACCUUUUUUGCUGGCAGGCCUGAUUGGUGGGGCAGUCAUCGUGGUCCUGGUUGUGCUGCUGAGCAUGUUUUGUUGGCACAUGCACAAGAAAGGAAGGUCAUCUUCCUCCAAGUGGAAAUACAAUCGAGGGAGAAGAAAAGAUGACUAUUGUGAGGCAGGGACAAAAAAAGAUAACUCCAUCCUGGAAAUGACUGAAACUAGUUUUCAGAUAGUCUCUUUGAAUAAUGAACACCUCCUCAAGGGAGACUUCCGCAUACAACCUAUUUACACCCCUAACGGAGGCAUUGGUUACAGAGACUGCCACUUGGGGAACAAUAGCACAGCUUAUUGCAAGAACAAUGUUCCAGAGUCUGCUCCUUGCCAUACAUGA